AUGUCUACAAAAAUUGAAGAGAUUCUUCAAAUCAUCGAAAAUAAAGACGAGUUUCAAAAGUUAAUACAAACAAGAAAGAAUGAUUACGAAAAAUUGCAACAGGAAAUUUUGUUGAUUAUAAAUAAUGUUUUAGAGGAAUAUAUGGAUAAAAAAGAUGGAAAAAGUUUAUUAUUAAUAUUAGAUAGAAUUAAUAAAGUAUUAAAUGAAUUAUUUACGAAAAGAGUAUUAUUCAAAGAUGGGUUAUCGAUUGUUUUGGAGAGUCAAGUUUUAAUGUUAAAACAACUAUCACAAUGGCCAGUAACAAAGAAUUCAUGUUCAUUACAUAAAAAAUGGAUAUUAAUCGGUGGUGUAUUUGCAGAGCAAAAAAUGUUACAGAGAUGCAUCGAAUCAAUGAACGAAUUUUUAAAGAUACUGCCAGUGGUUCAGAAGACUUAUCCAGAUAGCGAAUUCGAUUAUUUUGAAAAGACAACUGUUCAUGCAAUGUUUACUAAAUUACAAUGUUUUGAAGAUUUAAAAUUACUCCAGCAACCACCCAAUUCACCACUAUUUCAACAUUUUAUAGAGUCUUAUAAACAAUGGUUCCAGUGUCGUUUUGAAGUUGUUGAUAAGCCAAAUAUCUACCAUGAUGCUUUAUUUGUCAAAUUUUAUAAUAGAACUGUAUAUAUACUUCAAAGAUAUAAAUCACCCGAAGAUAACCUUCUCCCCAAAGAUAUUAGAGACUCUAUCAUUUUACACUGUAGUUUUUUAGCUUGGAGCUCACUUUCAAAAACUUUUUCACCACACAGAUUCUUUGAUAGACUAUUAGUAUUUUUAUUGGCUGUUCACAAAAAAAAUUAUUAUAUAGAACCAAAUUGUUGGAAAAUUUUACAAGAUAUUUUAAAUAUUAUUAAAUCAAAUUUAUUUUCAUCAAUGAUAACACAACCAACACUAGAUCCAUUAUUUAUUGCAUCAUUAUCUGUUAUUUCAAAUUGGGCAAUUGAGCUUAAAAAUUAUCAGUUUUUAAAUGAAUUGGUUGACAUUCAAAGUGAAUAUAUAAAAAGUAAAAAAGAAAAUAGAGAAGUUAUAAAAUAUUUUCAAACUGAAAUAAUAAUAUUACAAUUGUAUUUUUGGACAAAUAAGACUUUGGUAUUGGCAAAUAAAAUAAAGCAACAAAAGCAACAAGAUGACUCAAACAACCCAGAAAUGGAAAGAGAAUUACACAAAACUUUAUUAAUGAUACAUCAGUUAACCGAAAAGGCAUUGAUGAAUACAGAGUUUUUAAUAGAUAAUACAAAUUCAAUGUUAUUGGUAGAUUCAAAAUUUAUUUAUUUCAAAAUUUUAGGUUUAUUGUUACAAAGUCUAAUAGAACAGGGUUUAAUGUCAACAUUUAAAGAGAAACAGUUUAAAAUCGAAAUAUCUCAACAAAUUCAAUUGUUCAAUCAGUAUUAUUUAUUAAUGCCUUCACUUGUAAUUAAAUGGAUGCAAUCAUUCCAACAAUCUCAAAAACUCUUACCUGUAAAUAAAAUGAAUCCAGCCAAUGUACUUUAUAUCGACGAUUUCUUAAAGAGUUAUUCGUAUUCUCUUUAUGAAUACUUCAAGAGAUUCCAAGGGGUUAUACCAGACGAUUUUAAAUCUCAAUUUAACGAUAUUAAUCGUGACUUGCUUACUAUUUCCUUAGAGUUCUGUAGCGGUAAUGGUUUGGAGGAGCUUUCAAGUUUUUUCUAUAAUAUUGGUACUCAUUUUUAUAAACUCACACAACCUCACGAUUAUCAAUUAGCAAUCUUUUACCUCGAGGGUUCAAUUAAACUAUUGGAUAAGUCAAUGCUAGUUAUCAAAAGUAAACCUGCCUCUAAUAGUCCAGCUUUAGUUGCCGCAAAUGCAUUGGCCAUCGAACAACACUAUGAAUCUUUAUCAUCAAGCUUCUUUUAUUUAUCCCAAGUUUAUUUAAAGGUUAAAAACUAUUUAAAAUCCCAUCACUAUGCAGUAGAAUCAAUUAAAUCAUUCCUUAGAGAUAAGAAAUCUUUUACAGAGGUAAUUCAUAAUAACACCACUUCAUCAAAGCGUAGAUCUAUUCAAGAGAUUUUAAGAAAUUUGGCAUUUACUCAACUACACCUCUUUAACCAAACCCAAAAAACCAAAUCAAACUAUUCAGAUCUUUUAUUUAUCAAUGAUAUAGUCUCUAUUGAUAAUAAGAGUUUUAAUUUGGAUUUUAAAAUUCAACUCUACGAUAUGGCUCUUUUAAAUUUUACAAAUAUUAUCAACGAAAUCAAUGGUCACCAACUGCUAUACAUCCAAAUUGACAAAAUUUUAAAUGCUCUUCCUAUCGAAAGCCACCCAAUACUUCAUGGUAGAUUUUUAAUGGAAAAAGCAAAGGUUCUAAGAUUCUAUAAUCCAGAGCAAAACGAUAUUGAAUCAGUAUUCCAACAAUCAAUAGAUUUUAUUAAAACAACUAAUUUAGCAAGUGAUCAACCAUUCGAAUCAGCAAUAUUUAAUGAGUUGGCCAAGGUCCAUUUUUGGAGAGCAAUUACUUUUGUAGAAUUACACCAAAAUCAAUGUAAAGAUAUUAUUAAAUAUUUAUCAAGUGAUCAGGAAGAACAAAAAUUAAAAUCAAAUACCCCAUAUCAUCACGAAAGCGAAAGCGAAUUAUUUGUAUACACUUCAUCAACGUCCAUUUGUAAUUUUAUUAAAGCAACUGACCAAAAUAGAUUCCGUUCACCAAUUGGAUCAGAGAAUAGUAUCAUUAGUAAAGAGUUUAAGCUUUCAUUAAAUCUUUGGUGCAAGUUAUUAGAAUCAUUAGUUAAACCACCAGCAACUGCUACAAUUCCUCAACAAAAAUCAAAUUCUAAUGAACCUUAUAUUAUAGAAAACUUAAAAUCAUUCAUCUCUCCACAUACUACAAUUUCACUUCUUUAUAAUAUGGCCGAUAUAUAUAGUUUUGAAGGUGACUAUGUUAGUUCAAUAUUCGCUUUAAAAUUAGUUGUUGGCUUUGUAAAAUGUCUUUUUUCAUGUGGUUCACUUUGUUAUCUUACAGAAAUUUCAAAAUGUUAUAAUUUAAUAAGUUCUCACUUUUUAGAAUUAAACAAUAUAUCAAAAUCAAAGUAUUAUUUAGAAUUAAAUGAAAGGCUAAUUAAAUCUUAUCAACCAAUUUUAAUUAAUGAAAAAUUAGAAUCUUUUCAAUUAAAUUAUUCAAUUCAUUCCUAUGAAUUAAAGUAUUAUCUAAAUCCUUCUGAUGAUACAGUUUGCAAUGAAAUUAUUAAUUUAUAUAACCAAUGUCUAAAACAAAUAGAAACAAAUUAUAAAUCAUUCGAUAUUUCGAUAUUUAUGAAAAUUUCAAAAACUGUAUCAAAUAUUUAUGUUUCACAAACCAACUCCGCCAUGGCUUUUGUUGUUUCAGAUAAAUUAAUUCAAUGUAUAUUUACUGCUAUGCCAAUAGAGUCUAUUGAUUUAUUAAAAGAGCAAAAGAAAGAAUUAAAACAACAACAACAACAGCAACCACAGACACCUAACCGCCAAAAUCAAUCACCAUCAUCAUCGUCAUCGACUCAACCAACAAAGGAAAUGUUUAGUUUACUUCCAGUUACAAGUAGUAAAUGGGCAUCUCUCAAAAUAUGUUUAGACUCGUUAUUACACAUUUCAAGUAUAUUUGAGCUUAGAGGUAGACCAAAAGAAGCUCAGUAUUAUUACGAAAGAGGGUUAUUAAUUGGUAUUAUUUAUGGUUCAAUUAAAGUUACAUGUGAAUUUCUUGUUGAAAUUGGUGAGUUAUUUUAUUCAAAGCAAAAUUAUGUGGAUAGUAAAAUUAAUUUGGAAUUGGUUUUGUUUUUAAUAUCAAGACAUUCAUCUAAAACUGGUGUCAUCGAACCAUCCCUUCAAAAACCAUCAAUUCUUUCAAAUAUGCUCUUGGGUGAUCUAUAUAGAAAACAAACAAUUAUUUCAAAAUCAAAGCUCCAUUAUAAGAAAUCACUUUCGCAUAUUAAAAAUUUAUAUAACGACGAAAACCAAUUAUUAUCAAAGUUUAACAAUUUAUUAAAUAUUACCAACGAUUCAACACCAAAAGAGGCCAGAUUAAUUAAACUAUUAUCAUCGAAGAGUACAGCAGCAGCAGCAAAUUCAUUGGUAAAGUCAAAGUCAAAUUUAAAACAACAGCUACAGCAACAGCAACAACAACAACAGCUUAUGCAACAGCUCGAGCAAGAUGAACAGACAAAUGUAAUUGACCAAAUCAUUGAUUCUACAGCUUGGGAUAAUAAAGGUUUUUUGAAUAUUGAAGAAAUUAAAAAUCAUUUGUCAUCUCUAGAACUCCGUAUUAAAGGUAAAAUAAUUAAAUUAUUAAUUGCACAAAAGAAAUAUGAUUCAGCUAUAGAUUCUUUAGAACAACUUAUCCAAUCAAGAGAUUCAGAUCCAGAACAUAAAUAUUGUAAUGAUAUUACCCUAUCAAUUUUAGAAUUUCAUCUGGGUAGAGCAUAUUAUCUUUCUGUAGAUAGCGAUUAUAAAGAUAAAAUUUGGUCAAGAACCAUUAGUGUAAAUAAUUUUAAAGUUCAUCCAUCAAUUUCAUCCGCCAGAGAGUUGUUACUAAGGUCAUUUGAUAGAGUCGGAAAAUAUAAUUUGAUAAAGUUAAACUCUCUUAUUUGUAAAUUCCUCGCUCUCACCACCGGUCAACUAUUACCAUUUGUAACUUGCCAUUUCAUCAAUCUUUCUAUUGGUAUCAAAGCUAAGCAUGACAUGCAGUCCAUUUUACAUUAUCAAAAAUCAGAGAAGGUUAUGAAGAACCAAGACCAUUUAUUAUCUACUAAAGAAUCCUUAUUUUCCUGGAACGGUGGCAUUGAUAUACCUAACCAACUUGGUGAUAUUACAUUUACAAAUAAAUUAAAGAAAAUCUAUAGUACCGACCUUCCAACCGAUUGGAGCACUUGUAGUUUGACUUUUGAGGAUGGGCACUUUAUCAUCUGCAAAUUGGUUUCAAACCAAAUUCCAAUUUUAAUUAGAUCAAAAAUACCACUAUUAAAUAAUGAAACAAACAGCAACAAAUUAUUUAGUGAAGAAAUUAAUAAGCAGGAAGAAGAAAAAGAAGAUUGUAAUGAUAGUAAAUUUAUUGAUAAAGAAGAUUUAGAAGAGGAAGAGGAGAUGGAAAUGGAACUCGAAGAGGAUUGUGAUUCAACUGAUACAGAAGAAUUUGAAAAUGUAAAUUACAUUAAAUCAUCGAAAGCAAUGUCAAUUGUUUCAUCAGCUUCAAACGUUAAAAUAGAAAGCUCCUAUUUGAACCAUGGCGAUAAUCUAUCUGAAGAAUCAGAGGAGGAAAAAGAAAUUGAUGAAGUUGGAGAAAAUUUAAUUUAUAAAUAUAAUAUUUUAGAUAAGAUUAGGGGUAAUCUCAAGGUUAUUGAAAGUGAAAACUUGUUUAACAAUAAAGAAAAUACACCAAAUGAUAAUGGAGAUAGUAGAAAAGCAUGGUUUUAUAAGAGAAAAACACUAGAGUUCGAAAUUGGGAAGGUGUUAUCUUUGGUAGAUUCUUUGUUUGGUCCAUGGAAAACACUAUUAAUUGGGUCAUUAGUAAAUCAGCAAGUAAAAGAAAGAUAUGAACAAACCAGAGAUUCAUUAAUGGAAAUUAUAAAUAAUCAAUUAUUUAUUGAAAGUUCAAAUAAAAAGACCAAAGGUAUAAAGAAGUUUGAUAGUGUUUUAUUUGAUUGCCUCUUUUAUGGUUUCCCAAUACUUAGUCAAAGAGCAAUAACAGAUGGUAUUAUAGAGUUGAUGGAGUAUCCAACCUUAGAUCAAAAUGCUUCUACUCUCGAUGGUCAUCCAAAUUUUCAAUCAAUUAUCGAAAUUUAUAAUUUAUUAUCAAGCGAAUGUAAGAAAUGUUAUCCCUCAAAUACCUUUAGCCUCUUUACAUCCAAUAGUAACCAAGUUUUAUCCACAUCACCUCCAACUACACCAUUAGCAAAUUUUUCUGCCCCAUCAAUGACCGAAUUUUUAUCACAGGAAAAACAACCAAUUGUAUUGAUUGUAGAUAAAUACCUUCAUUCUAUACCGUUUGAAUCAAUGGAACCAUUAGGUCAACUUUCACUUUAUAGAUUACCAUCAUUUACAUUCCAGAGAUAUCUUUGUUAUGAUCAACAAUCAAAUAGUUUCUCAAAGAAAAUGCCAGUUAUCGACCCAAAGAGUGUGUUUUAUUUACUUAAUCCAAAUGGUGGCCUAAAAGAAACAGAAGAAUAUUUUUCACCAUACUUUAAAAAGAAGUUCCCAGAAUGGAGCGGCAUUAUUGGUCAAACCCCAAACAAGCAACAAUAUAAAUCUGCUCUUGAAAACCAUGAUAUCUUUUUCUAUAUGGGUCAUGGUUCUGGUGAGCAAUAUUUCCGAGGCGAUCGUAUUCAAAAAUUAGAAAAGUGUAGUGUUGCAGUGUUAAUGGGAUGUAAGAGUGGUCAUCUCGAAGAACAAGGCGAAUUCGAACCAACAGGUGUAAUUUUAGAUUUCUUAUUAGCAGGUAGUAAAGGAGUUAUAGGUAAUGUUUUUGAUGUUCCAACUUCAGAUUGCGAUAGACUCACCAAAUCAUUUUUAAAUAAAUGGUUUUUAGACUUAAAAAAAAAUGAAUGUCAACCGAUGUCAAUAGAUAUAAGUUUGGCAAUUUCAAUGGCCAGAAAAUCAUGUGAAUGGAAAUAUUUGGUUGGUGGUUCAUGUAUAGUUUAUGGUAUACCAAUCAUAUUAAAAUCAUUUAAAUAAUACUUUUUAAUUCAAAAAUAAUAAUAAUAAUAAAAUAAUAAUAAUAAUAAUAAUAAUAGUUUUUAAUUCAAAUCAUUUUUAUAUUAAACAAAAUAAAAUUAAUUUUUUAUUUAUAUAAAAUAUAAAAUAAAAAAAAAAAAAGAAUAAAAAUAAUUUUUUUUUUCAAUAUAAUUAU